AUGAAAAACAACAUAGAUGGUACGGUCUCUGGGGCUGAUUCUAUAAACAAUCCCAAAGAGAUCGUGGCUGAAAGUAUUGAGACUGUUGACGAACAUCAAACCGAAGAAGGUAAUAUUUUGGCUCAGUACUCGGAGGAGCAAACAAUGGAUAUGGGCAGAAACUACGGUAUGAAGCAUGGAUUAGAUCCUGAACUUUUUGCUAGAGCAGCAGCAGUGGCAAGAUCUCCAUUAUGUUUCAAGUCGAUGAAAUUUUUGAGUGAAAUGGAAAAGCUGGCCCUCGAGAUUGAAGCCUGUAAAAAGUGGCACAUACCGCGGAAAUUGUUGGAAGUUGUUGCUUUGGGCUCUAUGGCAGCAUGUGUCCAAGGGAUGGAUGAAUCAGUGGUGAAUGGGGCCAACUUAUUUUUUCCAUUGGCUAUGGGUAUCCCUAGUAUGAAAAACUAUGAUUUGAUUGAAGGCUUGGUUAAUGGUGCUCCGUACCUUUGCUCCUCUAUCGUGUGUUGGACUUCUGAUUAUUGGAAUAGAAAAUUAGGUAGGAAGUGGUGUAUUUUUUGGUCUUGUGUAAUUACUGCGUUAUCUUGUAUUUGGCAAGGGCUUGUUAGUUUGAACUGGUUCCAUUUAUUCAUUGCCCGUUUUUUUAUGGGGUUCGGUAUGGGUAUAAUGACUGCAACUGUUCCUGCAUAUACCGCGGAGACCGCUCCAGCCCAUAUAAGAGGUGCACUUGUUAUGCUUUGGCAACUUUUCACCUGUGUGGGAGUUAUGUUGGGUUAUGUCUCUUCUUUGGCCUUUUAUUAUGUUGGGGACCAUGGUAUUUCAGGUGGAUUGAAUUGGAGGUUGACAUUAGCGUCUGCAUGCAUUCCUGCAAUUUUUGUACUCAUUCAAAUUCCCUAUGUACCCGAAUCUCCUCGUUGGUUAAUGGGUAAACAUAGACAUAGGGACGCUUUCGAUUCAUUGAAAAUUUUAAGACAUAGUGAAAUCGAAGCUGCUCGUGAUUGUUUUUACCAGUAUGUUUUGUUGAGUGAAGAAGGUUCCUACGUAGGUGUUUCUUUCUACAAAAGAGUAAUUGAGAUGUUUUCAAUUAGGAGAAACAGAAACGCCGCACUUGGUGCAUGGAUUGUUAUGUUCAUGCAACAAUUCUGUGGUAUUAAUGUUAUAUCCUACUACUCAUCAUCGAUUUUUGUUGAAUCAGAUCUUUCAGAAAUCAAAGCUAUGCUAGCCUCUUGGGGAUUUGGUAUGGUUGAGGUGAUCUCUUGUAUACCAACUUUCUACACAAUUGACAGUGUCGGUCGUAGGAAUUUGUUGCUUGCAACAUUUCCGUUGAUGUCACUUUCUCUAUUGAUGACUGGAUUUGGGUUCUGGAUUCCUGAAGGUACAAGCAGAGAUGGUCGGUUAGCUUGUAUAACAAUAGGCAUUUACCUGUUUGCUAUUUUUUACAAUUUUGGGGAAGGACCGAUUCCAUUCACAUACUCUGCAGAGGCAUUUCCCUUAUACAUUCGUGACCUCGGUAUGGGAUUUGCUACUUCCACUUGCUGGUUUUUCAAUUUCAUUUUGGCUUUUACUUGGCCCCGUCUUAAAAAUGCAUUUAGAUCUCAGGGGGCAUUUGGGUGGUAUGCAGCAUGGAACAUUGUUGGUUUCUUCCUUGUGUUAUGGUUUCUUCCAGAGACUAAGGGUUUAACUUUAGAGGAAUUGGACGAUGUAUUCUCUGUGUCUCUUAGAAAGCAUGCUCAUUUUCGUACUAAAGAAUUUGUUCGUGGGCUUAAUAAAUACGUUUUGAAAAAGGAGGUUGAACCAUUGAAUCCAUUGUAUAUGCAUACAAGAUUGGCAGUUACAAACCAGAAAUGGAAUGACAAGACCACAAUUUUACACGAAGAAGGUAUAUCGUAG